AUGGAGGCGGUGGCUCUUUUCUCUUUCACAGCAUCAGCAGCAGACGAGAUCGGUUUCCAGAAAGGGGACAUCAUCAAGGUGACAGAAAUGGAAGAUGAUUUGAGUUGGGUCACAGCCGAGAUUCAGGGGAAACGUGGAUACAUCCCUGAAAACUACAUUUCCCUCUUUCCUCAUCGGUGGUUCGCAGGACGGGUGUCGAGACUUGAGGCUGAGCAGCGUCUGCGCUGGCAGGAGGCCGGAGUGUUCCUUGUGAGGGAGAGUGAAUCCGCUCCGGGGGAGUUUUCUGUCUCUGUCAGCUACGGCGACAGGGUGGAACAUUUCCGCGUCCUGGAGGGCGGCGGGCAGUACUGCAUCUGGGACGAGACGUUCGGCUCCCUCAACCGUUUGGUGGAUUUCUACAGAACUCACAGCAUCGCCGUGGAGAAACUCAUCUGCCUCAUAGACCGUCCCCCGUCCCCUCGCCAGGUGUCCAACCCUGGAUACAACCCCUACCCAAACCCUUAUAAAAGCAGCUCUCAGGAAUCCCUCCCAUCGGCCCGUCUCUACUCGCAGCCCCAGAGAGAAGCGGCUCCGGUGAAACCUUGUGUGGCUCACGCCCUCUGUGACUACACCCCCCAUCAAGCCGGGCACCUCCACUUCCUGCGUGGCGACGUCAUUGACCUGCUGGAGUGCUCCGGCUCGGCGACGUGGAAGGGACGCUGCCGAGGCCGAGUCGGCGUCUUCCCACCGCAAUACGUCCAGCUGCUGUACCACUGA